AUGGCAGCAGUGCCAGCAUUCAAAGCCGCAAAUGGCAUUAUGAAUCCGCCAACAGACGAGGAGACCCUUCUCAUGUACAUACCUGAGGAUGAGCGAGCGCAUGAAAUCGACGAGUUCAUAAAAACCCAUCCAGUAGCGGCAGAACUCCGAUUACGGCCAGAGUUCUCGGAAUCAAGACCUCAUUUAAAGGUUCCGGAAUCCUUCAAAUCACAUAAUCUCACUGCCGGGACGCUGAUGGGACCUGGAAGACUUGGUGUCCCGCCUUUUGUCUGGAGUGAGAAGGGCGGGAAGAGCCUUGUUUCAAUAACCUAUCUGGGCGAUGAGCUAUGUGGACAUCCGGGGAUUGUACAUGGUGGCUUGCUUGCUACACUACUGGAUGAGGGGCUGGCGAGGUGCUGCUUUGGCGCUCUGCCGAAUAAGGUUGGGAUGACGGCCAAUCUCAAUAUCAAUUAUCGGGCCCCUGCGCCGGCGGGCACUUUUGUUGUUCUGAGAGCGAAGACUACAAAGGUCGAGGGAAGGAAGGCAUGGGUUGAAGGCCAUAUUGAAACGCUUGUGGGAGAGGGAGAGAAACCUACUGUGUUGGUUGAAGCAUCUGCGCUUUUCAUCGAACCAAGACAAGCUGCCGUGAGUUCGAUCCUGACUAAGAACAACAUAACAUGGCACGAAGGCCUCUUGCGCCACGAGCGCAAUACAUUGCGCAAACAGCGCGGCUUCACAAUCUGGUUCACCGGCCUCUCCGCCUCGGGAAAAUCCACCAUCGCAACCGCGCUCGAGCAGCAUCUCCUGCACCUCGGCCUGGCCGCGUAUAGAUUAGACGGGGAUAAUGUGCGAUUUGGAUUGAAUAAGGAUUUGGGGUUUUCGGAGAAGGAUCGCAAUGAGAAUAUUAGGAGGAUUGCGGAGGUAGCGAAACUCUUCGCUGACUCCUCCACUAUCGCCAUAACAUCAUUCAUUUCCCCCUAUCUCGCAGACCGCAAAAUCGCGCGGGAACUGCACGCCGCUGCUGCCCAGGGCAAUGACGAGGCCCUACCAUUCAUUGAGGUCUUCGUCGAUAUCCCUGUCGAAGAGGCGGAGAAGAGAGACCCUAAAGGCUUGUACAAGAAGGCACGUGCUGGCGAGAUCCCUAAUUUCACGGGUAUUAGUGCCCCGUAUGAGGCUCCUGAGUCGCCGGAGAUUCAUAUCAAGAGCCAUGAGUUGAGUGUGGAGGACUCGGUAAAGAAGAUUAUGGAGUUCUUGUUGGAGAAGAAGCUGGUUCCUGCCGUUAAGGCAUAG